CCUUUCAUUCUUCUUUCCUUGCUGAUACACCUUCCUUCUACUUCUACUUCUCCUUCUUCUACACAAGUCACAACCACACGCUUCCGUUCAAUUCUUCCAUUUUUUCUUUCAAUCACCGCCGCAAUACAACAUCUCAGACGAGCGCGAUUCUGAACGAGCGAGACAAUAAUGGAUUGGGGGAACGUGACCGCAGAGGAUCUGAUCGACGCCCUCCGCGAGGUGGAUUGGUCAUCACCGCCGCGCCCUCUCUCCGAAUUCUUCUCCCGAUUCGCCCUCCCAAGAUCUUCCUCCAAAUGGAAUAGCCGCCUCAAAUGCAAUCUCUACUACUAUCGGACCAACUAUUUCAUUUUGAUUGUUUCGGUUCUCAUAUUGGGUUUUCUCCGGAGGCCGCUCGCUGUUCUGGCCGCGCUUCUUACUGCACUCAGCAUCGCCUUUCUAAAUGACAGUUUUGCAGGUACCUUUAGUGAGAAGGUUACAAGAACAGUUAGGCAGUUUUCACCGCAUUUAGCUGCUAAGAUGAGACCUCCUCUUACGCCUGUCAUUCGUGGACGUCCUGCAGCUAAGAGAGCAAUUUAUAUUUGUGGCCGGCCACGUUGGGUGUUUGUGUUGAUAUUUUCUUCUGCAAGUUUCAUCCUUUGGUUUGUUUCUGCUGGUCUCCUUACUGUUUUAUGGGCACUUGCUAUUGGUCUUCUUGCUACCAUCCUGCAUGCAAGCUUUAGAACACCUAACCUGAAAGCACGUUUAAACACAUUCCGUGAAGAAUUCCGUGCAGUAUGGCGCAAUUAUAGUGAGCUGUAGCUUACAAAAAAUUAGUUGGACUUGCAUGUAUUGCUGCUUUCUCGUGGGAGCAAUUUCCUUUAAUUGGAAAGGAAUUUACUGGGGAAGGCUGCCAACUGUCCAAACCUAUUGUAAAUUUUCAGGAAUAUUGCUUGAAGUACACUGUUUUAAUAUCUAGAGGAAGCAUUGGAAUAUUGAUACAUCCACAUAGGAAUUGUGACUAGUUGUCAAAAUUCUUAAUUGCUCAGAGAAAUUGAUGGAGAUAGCACUUUCAAUUUCUGUUGUUUCUUAGUUGUUGGUUUCCUUUAUUUUGAUAUUGUGGUUGCUGUUCUGGUGAAGAUUACAAAAUAGUUGCUUGCCUUGUAGAUGCAUGCUUCUGAAACAGUUUAUUUUAGUGAAUAUUGUAUGUUGUUUCCUUA